AUGGACGUCGAUCGUAUGAACAAGAUCUGGGCCACAUCCGGUCUGCAAGCGAGGAGCCCGACAUCAUUACAAGACUCGAUGCUUCGAGCUUGUUUGCAGGACCGCAGUCUACAGAACGGAUCUGCAGCUCCUUUUCUGACUUUGGACGACGUUCGGAAGCAUCAAUAUACGAUCCUGGAUGAUGUCUGGAAACAUCGGUAUUCGACAUCAGCAAGUCUAGCACCCGGCGCACAGCCCAAGCGAGUGCGACGGAAACAGUCAAAACAUAACCUUACCAUCACCACUCAGCUCGACUCCGGUUUCAAUUCCGAGGACUUGUCGAAUCUUGCUGCACUCCUUCCUCCUUCCUCGCCGUCGUUCGGUUCGGACAUGUCGCGAAGUUCCAGCAUCACAUCUCCGUCGCUGACGUCGACAGCUACAACCAUGUCAGUCACGCCUACACAGACUCCAGAUUCGCUUGAUUGUAACCCAUUUGCUUCAUCUUUGCCGGAUGAAGUUAUUCCUUUGAAUGAGCCUAUUCGCACCAAGCGAAAAUUCCCCAUUUACAAGUCUGCCAAACGUCUUCCUAGGUGGGAGGCGGGUGGUGACGGCGCAAUGUGGACUGAAGGCGGCAACGGGGUCUGGGAGGUACAUGCCGUGGUGGUUGAGCCAGCCAUUGACUUUGAAGCUCUUGAUGAUGCUGAGAAGGAGCGGUUAUUGAAGAGGAUCGUCACCCCCGAUGUUUUGAUCCAUCAGGCGACGAGGCCUGAUUCGGUUGGGAGGCAUGGCGAGAGUUUCCAACAAAGAGAAAACGAGACUCCAAAACGAAGCUUCAGAGAGACUGCCGAGAGCUAUGUGUUGGAAAGUCACCGCGCUCAGCGGCGGCAACAUGUUGGCAGUGAGGGCGAGGCGGCGGUGGGGAACAGUGCCGGUGGUGAAAUUGAUGACCCGAGAUCGCCCUUUGCACUGUUCAAAUUUCAGUUUCACCAUGUCACGGCAGAUUAUGGUGAAACACAGGAGGAUGACCUUUCACCACGACAUUCCGUCAGCCCUAUGGAUUUCGCCGACCUGCAUCAAUAUUCUCAUCACCCAUCCGCCUCUUCGCCGCCCUCACCACCUUCUCAAUCAGUCAGUCCGGCCGCCACUUUGCAUUACAAAGGUACUUCCUUUGAUGUGGUCAAUCCCCAUGCUUCGCUUUUACUUGGCAAUCACAAAUUCGAAACACCAGCCGAAAUUGACGGCAUCUACAACGAUUACUUUGACAUCGACGAUUCGGUCAGUGACGACGAGAAUAGCGACGGCGACGGCGACGACAACAUGGCCAUCGACGGGACCAUCAGUGCCAAAGUCUCCCAGACUUCGUUGCGUAGCCACGGCGAUAGUCCAAGAACUCGCGUUCUAUAUGACGAUGCCGAAGCCGCAAGACGAGAGAUCCUGGGAGCAGCACCACUCAGGCCGCGGCACGAUGGGAACGAUGAGCGUCAUAGUCCAUUGAGAUUCAAACACAUCUCACAUCUCCAGCCUCGCUUCUCUCAGAAGAGCGAGCCAUUCGACUUACAUGUCAGCGACGACGGCGAAGAUUACAAUGGUCACGGCAACGGUCGAAUCGAUCACAUUAUGCAAAGCGCUGUUGAACAAUUCAAUCACAGCCAGGAAAGGCCUAUCGUUGGGUCUACCUCGCCAUUGGUCGUCAAGAGAGCUCCGUCAUCAUAUCUGGAAGAAGAGACAGAUACGACGAUGCGAGAGAUCAUCGACGGCUAUGACUACACUAGAAGCAUUCGUCGCGACUCAUCAGCGGAGCCGAAAAGUGCAAGCGAGCCAAUUUUGUCAAGCACAAAACAUGGUCUCGAGCACACGGUACUUGAGAAGACCCACAAUCGCCGCUCGACACAGAUGGAGUCCGACAAGGAGAAUGUACAGCCACCGAAGAUCGCCAUUGAUGAUUCGCCUACGCUUCCCUCGCCACCAGCUCCAGUCUUCAACAUCACCAAUCGCCGUUAUGGGCGCCAUGUGGAGCCGACAGACUUGCCGACCAGCGAACAGACGUAUGGUGAAACCAAUCAACUCCUACUCAUCACUCCCAGCGAUAGACAAAUCUUGCAAUCAGCCCAACGUACCAGCUCGCAGAGGUCUUUUGUCUCCCCGCCUGCAGAACAUCCCUUUACCUAUUCGGACUUUGAUCGGCCAGUGAGCUUCCUGGGAGCACUACCAACCUGGAACACACCAGAGCUACCUCGAGGCCUUCGUAGCUACGAAUCGUCGCGAACACGCCAUGAGUAUGGUGGAAAGAGUUGGAGUGGUUAUCCAACGGACACUGACAGCGCAUGGGAGACUCAAAUCUCCGACAGCGAACCAGAUCUGACAAUGUUGCGAAGGUUUAGUGACGACAGUUACGCAAAUACCAGCAUGACGGGAAGUAAUAUCCAGCUUCUAUAUCAGCUCCCUUCCUUCGCAACACUACCGUAUCAGGGUGAAGAUGAUGAGAAGGAGAACUUCGAACCGAAGAACUUGGGAUCUCCCGCAGGAAGCAUUACGCCCCAGUCUAUGCAAAAGCCUCUCCUUGGUGACCACGAUACCCAAAGGGCUAUUGGAUUCCUACAAAGUCAGCUGUGUGCUACCGUCGACAUUACUCCGGCAGCAAAAGAGCAACGUCGAAUCGAGGCGAGGGAGUUGGAGAUCAUUCGUCUUCGCAAUCCUCUCGCUGUAAGAAAAGCUACCGAACACGUCUUCAAUCGGUAUUCUGCAUCAGAUUUGCAUUCCAUGAGUGCGAAGCUUCAAGCCGGCAAUCCACCAAAGACUCCCCAUCGGCCGAGGGACAGUCUCCGCAAGAUUAUCACAAUGAGUCCCACAUCUGAGCGAAAGCAUCUGCUGCACUCACCGAUGGGCAGUCCCAAACCAGACAGUCCAGGUCCAAACGGAGCACUCGCAUUCAGUGACAGCGCCAAUACAUUCAAGACCAUUCGAUAUGGCUCACCAUCACCAGGGCCUGCAGACAUGCCUGUUGGAUCCUGGUCACCGAUGCAGGAGGCCGUCGAUUGGCCUCUCCCUCCAAACGACCCGCGUCGAUCUCGGGCCUCGCUUCCAGGUUUCCAGUCACGUCUCGGCGUAAAUGCUUCCCACGCCACACCAGCACAACGACCCUCCCUCCGCUCCGCCAUGAACAGCCAAACCGAACUCCGCCAACUCCGCCUCUCAAGUCUCCCCAAGCCCGCUCAACCCGGCGGCCGCGCCCUGACCGCCGACGAACUGAUCCGCCAACAAUCCUCCUGGACCGACCGACCUCGCGUCGCCACCCCCAACGGCCUCGAACGAGCCGCAGCCAUGAGCCCACCCAUCCACGACCCCGUCGCACGUACCUGGCGGCCCCGCAUCGGCUAUCUCAUCAACAGCCGCAACCGCGCCCUCAUCCGCGACGCAUGGGACGGCCACGACGAAGGCGCGCAAGCCGCACAGGCCCUCUCACGCCGGUACAUGCUUCUGACCGCGGUAUGUCCUUUCACCGCACUGGCGUUCGCCUGGGGCCAUUUCGACCCGCUCAUGGCGAAGAAGACGCAGUAUCGCUUCGUGGAGAUGGCUCCGGAGCACAAACGCGAGGCGCUGGUCAUGUUUCUUCCGGUCGGAGUCGUGGCGUGGACGUUCUGUUUCGUGUUGAUCGGGGUGUUGAUCUGGGUCGCUACGCUGCAUGCGUAG